AUGUCGCCAAGAAUAAUACUCAUCACGAGAGCGAACAGAGGCAUAGGCUUCUCAAUUCUUCAGGCCUUGGCCACACGCUCUCCAUCCCAUCACUAUCUUCUUGCCGCUCGCAGCACGCCGAACGGGGAAUUGGCCAUUCAGGAAUUGCGAAAGUCGGGCGUGCAAGCUGAGAUCGACGUCGUGGAAUUGGAUGUUGCAAACGAGGCAAGCAUCAAGGCGGCAGAGCGAAAGAUUCGGAAGCGAUGUUCUGGUCAACAACGCUGGGAUCGCGAUCCUCGGAAGGCCAGACGCUCGAACAUCCAAGAAAGCUACGCUCAGACCUUCAGCACCAACAUUACUGGCGUUGCUCUCAUGAUGACCACCUUCCUACCUCUCAUGAAGGAGAGCUCUCCAGACGCUCAAAUCAUCAACAUCUCUUCUGCUCGCGCCUCUCUUCAUCUAUCAUCAACCCGGAAUCUCCCACCAUCUACGGUGAUCUCCUACUCGGUCAGCAAGACGGCUCUCAAUGCUUUGACGGUCGAGUACGCGAAGGCAGAGCCUACUAUUGCCUUUUACGCCGCUAUUCCAGGCCACUGCAAGACUGCAUUCAACGGUUUCAGGGGUACGAAGGAUCCAUUGGACGGGGCGCGAGUGGUCGUGGAGCUGGUAUUGGCCGAGGAGGGGAAGUACGAGAAUGGCUCUUAA